CCCUAUUGGAGAGGUGCCCAUGGUUGUUGGAGGGGCGCCUAUGGCGCUAGCGUUGCUGGAAAAGGGCCCCUGGCACUGGGCAUUACUGGAAGGGAGCCAAUGGCACUGGACGUGACUGGAGAGACGAAGGUUGCUUCUUAUAAAGCAGCACUAGGACUCCAGUGUGCUGGGCAAGGAUUGGUGGGUGCUGAUAUAGCCUUGGGGGACACUAGGCUUGGCUUUUCGCAAGCAUAG